CAUCAGUCUCAUGGACCCGCUCUCCUGCGGCGCCCGCGUGCGCUUGACGGGAAGGACCUGCGAGGGCACGGUGCGCUACGUCGGAAAGGCGGACUUUGACUCCGAAGGAACUUGGGUCGGCGUGGAGCUUGACGGCCCAGAGGGUCGGAACGACGGCUCGGUCGGCGGCGUGGCCUACUUCUCCUGCGCGCCUCUGCACGGUGUGUUCGUGAGGCCGGAGAAGGUUCGUCCGGCUGUUGGAGCGCCGCCGCGGGCGCCGUUUGAUCGGCCGCUCGCUGGUGGCGGGCCUUCGGAAGCUGCGCCGCCCGCGCCGCAGCCGAUGGAUAUUGGUGAUGGGACGGCCUGUCCCGUCUGCACCUUUGUCAACGCGCCGGGCGCCGCCGCCUGCGAGAUGUGCGGGACCCCGCUUGCCGCGGCCGACGCGCCGGCGACGGGCGACGCGAUGCUGGCCGCCGCCAUAGCUGCGUCGGAGCACGAGGCGGACGAGAGGGAGCGGGCGGCGACGAGGAGAAUAGCAGCCUAAAGCCUCCCGCACCCACAUACCUCCCACGAGCCCCUCCUGCACCUGCGUCUGACCGACCCCGUCCCCCUCCUGCAGCCCCGCACUACCUCCCCUGCGCGCGUCCGCAGCCCGUGCCCCUGCGCAGAAGCCCGCUCAGCCUCGGCCCCUCCCCAACCAUGUGUGUGUACCUCCCGCCAGGCGCGAGCG